UCUAAGUGGUCGCAGCGCCCUCUGUAAUGCGCGCUGCCGCUCCGGGUCUGCAGAGGGAGGCGUUGAGUUACACCUGUGAUCGGACCACACGGUGAGGAAAACACUUCAUGCCGAACACAUCAAUGAACUAUCCUGCUCAUUCAGCAACAUUUCAGUGAUUUAAAACGAAGAUGCCUAUGUAAACAUUAAUAAAUGUGUUUUAAUGCGUACAACAAUUUAUUUUAGUGUAGCAUUUGAAUGAUUUUUGUUUUUAAACUUUCGGGUGUCAUCACAACACUCAGUUUCUUGCUUUACUAUUAAAUAUGUGAUGUCAAAUAAUGUCAACGACGAUGGCAAAUCCCUGUAACAUAGCUGUCGACCUCGAAAAAUACAUUGUGAGAGAGGCUCCUCCGACUGUUUAUUAUAUUCCAAAUUUCAUAUUGGAGGCUGAGGAGGAGUUUUUGCUUCAGCAGGUAUACAGAGCUCCCAAGCCCAAGUGGACACAAUUGUCAGGGAGAAGGCUGCAGAACUGGGGUGGAUUGCCAAAUCCCAAAGGAAUGCUUGCUGAGAAACUCCCCGAUUGGCUGCUAAAGUACACAGAGAAGAUAUCAGCUCAUGGAGCUUUUGCAGGAAAGACGGCUAAUCAUGUGCUUGUAAAUGAAUACAAGCCUGGGGAGGGAAUUAUGCCUCAUGAGGAUGGACCAUUGUAUCACCCCACAGUAACCACUAUCACUCUGGGUUCUCAUACACUUCUGGAUUUCUACAGGCCUGUUUGUCAAGUCGAGCCUGACGCUCUGCAAACAGAAGAAAGCCGCUACAUGCUUUCACUGUUGGUGCAACGAAAAAGUCUGCUGAUUCUCCAGGACGAUAUGUACAAGUGUUAUCUGCACGGCAUUCGAGGAGUCUGUGAGGAUGUGCUGUCGGAGCAUGUGGUGAAUCUUUCGUCAACGGGGGCUCAGGUGGGCGAAACUCUUCCCCGGAGCACCAGAGUCUCUCUUACCAUCCGCCAUGUUCCCAAAAUCAUCCGAGCUAAUCUCUUUCUUGGGAAGAAGUGAGGCGUUCAAAGACUUGCCUGAACUUUAAACCAGACAAACAGGCGCUACUUGUUCGCACUCACAAAUCAAAUAGUGUAAAUGUAGUAUACAAACUGAUCUACAAAAUAUUAUUGUAUGUGCAAAUCAUUAGUGUCUCAAAGAAAAUCUUACAGGGUGGUGUGGCAGCUGAAAACACUUGCAUACCUGACUAAUUCUGUACAAACAUAUCUACAUUUACUAUAUGAGUGAAAAGAAAAUAUAUUGUUUUUGGAGCUUCAGUAAUAAAGUGUGUUGCUGUAUUUGUGAAUU